ACUAUGGUCGAAGCUCCUGCCCCGUUUCUCCGGAUGCCCCCUACCACCGUUGUCGUUAGGCGCGCGUCCGUGUGUCAGUGUGCGAGCGAGAACGAGACUGCAUCGCUGCCCAUUCAAUUCAUAUUCAGACGCCGACAAACACUGAGAUACAACCAUGGCCUCCGGGGUAACCGUGACAGAAGAUGUGGUGACGGUCUUCAACGAGAUGAAGGUGAGGAAGGCCCAGGUCGGAGAGGAGGAGAAGAGGAAGAGGAAGAAGGCGGUGCUCUUCUGCCUGAGCGAGGACAAGAAGAACAUCGUCCUGGAGGAGGGCCAGGAGAUUCUGCAGGGGGACGUGGGCACCACCGUACAGGACCCUUACCUGCAUUUCGUGAAGAUGCUGCCGCCCGACGACUGUCGCUACGCCCUCUAUGAUGCCACCUACGAGACCAAGGAGACCAAGAAGGAGGACCUGGUCUUCAUCUUCUGGGCCCCAGAAAGCGCUCCCCUGAAGAGUAAGAUGAUCUACGCGAGCUCCAAGGACGCCAUUAAAAAGAAGAUGACAGGCAUCAAGCAUGAGUGGCAAGUCAAUGGUUUGGAGGACAUCAAGGACCGGCGUACCCUGGCAGAGAAACUGGGGGGCCAGUCAGUGGUGUCUCUUGAAGGGAGCCCUAUAUAAAUCCAGUCCCAGGCUUUGUUUGAGGCCUGUAGGAAGACCAGAAUUCAGAAUUCCAUGGGGUUUGGCUGUUCAUUCCAAUCCAGGGAGGGAGGGGGGUGGGACAACGGGAAGAAGACUUCAGAGUGGGAAGAGGGACGGGCAUAUCAUUUUAAGGGUGGUGGGGGGGCUGGUCUGUCAAAAUAUCUGACAAUUUUCACAAUUGCAGACUGUCAUUCCAAUUCAGGAAAAUAAUGAACAACAAAACACAAAAAAAGUGAUUUUAAAAAGUUUAUGAAGGAGAGGGAUGAUGAAGAAUACUAUAAAUAUGAAAUUACACUGCUGAAGGUUUCCUGGGGCGGGGCAGGUGUGUGUUCCUGUGUGAUGAAGGGAUAUAGGUUAGCAAUGAAGGAAAUAGUACGUUUUGAAGGAUAAUGGCAAUGACCACUACAAUUCACAGACAAUUGAAAAUAGCUGGACACUGUUCAGUCUGAAGUAUACAAGCUUUUUUAUUGCCAAACGUAUUGCUCUUAAGCACUUGUAGCUGACACUAAGCGUAGGAUUGCACCAAACCAUGACCCUUUUCUUUUUUGUUCUGUUUACAUUUUUUUGAAUUGCAUAUCCUGUUCUGAACAUUUGUUACCUUGGAUACCUUGAACAUUGAAUUCUUGAUCGGUUUUAAAACUAUGAUUCCACUGAUUCAUUUGUCAAUAUUACAAAGAUAUUCAACCAAAAACAAAAAACAAAAAAAAAUGAACAUUCCUUUUUACAAA